CCUCUGCGGUGGAGAGACUACGCAGCCGCUGCACAGGCGCAUGCCGCAGCAUCGACGGGAGGCUUCUUCGGGUCCAGAAUCUGCGUUUCAUUUGGACCUCAAGAAGAACGGGCAUUCCUUUGAGGACAGGACGACGACGUCCACAUUCUGGACAGGGAGGACGAAAUACGUCUCUAACCAGAGGAGGAGGUUUGAGACGCCGCCGAGCAGAUGAAAUCAUUGGAACUUGAAGUGCAAAACGUUCAAAUGUGCCAGAGUGGCUUGUUUUUGUUGCUCACGUACACGUUUAGAUGCUAUCAAAAUGAUUUCCUUUUUUUUGUCCUUGUGACAUCGUUGCAAUGACUUUGCACAACAUGUCUUCACAUCCUGAGUUGUGUCAAAAGCUAACAGAUGCCACAGCGGCAUCGCUCGGAAUCAGAACAGCGCAUGUUAUUUUUUGCUUUCUUUUUUUGUUUUAAAUAUAUAUAUAUAUUUUUUUUUUAAACGAAGUCUCCACAGAUGGACCACAUGCCUCACGGUGACGUUCAGAUUUCAUCCAUCGGUCAGACCUUUUCGCUCACAGUUGUAUUCAUUUCACUGCCCUGUAUCUUAGCCUUUCUCUGUUUUCUCGCAGUGGUGGUGAACAUCAUGUGGUGGAUGGUGAUGAUCUCAGCCAUCGGUUUGGGCGCCACUCAUUUGGGACUGUGCCCGUCGCAGCCCAGAAUCCCCGUCUACCUUCUGGUUCUGGGCGUGUCCAGCCUGCUGGCUCUGUCCGUGACGUACUGCCGCUGCGUGUGCGACGACGGCGCGAUGAGCACGCUCGCCACCGUCUGCAUGGCCCUGCUGCACCUCUUCACGUUCUGCUGGUUCGUUGCAGGCACCAGCUGGGUCUACGGCGCGUAUCCGCCCAGCUACACGCCCGGGGAAGCCCGGUACUGCCACAAGACCACCUACAACUUCGCCUUCGUGGUCACCACCCUGAUGUGGGCCGCCACCACGCUGUCGCUGUGCUGCUGCGCUUGCUUCCUGUCGCUGACCUGCUGCACGACCGUCACGGCGAGACGCAGGCUGACGCCCAGCCGCACCACCUCGUACGGAACCGCUCAUCUUCUUCAAGAAGACACGGCAGCAGCAGCAGGUGGUGUCUGAUCGCAACCCAAGUGUGGACUUUUUUUUUUUGGGGCCUUUUCACUCUUGACAGUAUUUUUCCUUUAAAUUGCUUCAGUUUGUUAAUAAAAACAGUUUGUACUGUCAUCUUAA